AUGUUUGCCCGUCAAUGCACUCGUCUGGCCUCUUCCCGGACAUCCAUCCCUUUGACUUCUUACUUAGCCCGAGUCCGGGGUUAUUCUUCGGCUACCGGCAGCUACGAGCACAUCCUCACUUCGACCCCCAAGCCCGGUGUGGGAUUGAUUACCCUCAACCGCCCCAAGGCCCUCAAUGCCCUAUGCACACCCUUGUUCAAGGAGCUCAACGAAGCCCUAAGCAACUAUGACAAUGACAAGAGCAUCGGUGCGAUCAUCAUCACAGGAAGCGAGAAGGCCUUUGCCGCCGGCGCCGAUAUCAAAGAAAUGGCCCCUCUGAGCUUCUCAGCCGCCUACAAUGACAACUUCAUCGCCCCAUGGUCCCACCUCGCCAACUCCAUCCGCACCCCCGUCAUCGCCGCGGUCUCCGGCUACGCCCUCGGCGGCGGCUGCGAGCUGGCCAUGAUGUGCGACAUCCUAUACUGCACAGAGAAUGCCACCUUCGGCCAGCCGGAGAUCAAGCUCGGAACAAUCCCCGGCGCUGGCGGCUCUCAGCGUCUGACCCGUGCGGUCGGCAAGAGCAAGGCCAUGGAGCUUAUUCUUACUGGCAAGAACUUCAGCGGCAAGGAGGCUGGUGAGUGGGGUCUUGCGGCUAGAGUUAUUGCGGGUGGUAAGGAGGAGUUGCUGGAGCAGGCAUACAAGACUGCUGAGACUAUUGCCAGCUACAGUCGUGUGGCUGUCAUUGCUGGCAAGGAGGUUGUGAACAAGAGCCAGGAGCUGUCGCUUAAGGAGGGUGUUGAGUAUGAGAGACGGCUGUUCCAUGCGCUCUUUGGUAGCAAGGAUCAGAAGAUCGGUAUGACUGCCUUUGCAGAGAAGAAGAAGGCUGAGUGGUCGCAUGAGUAA